AGGCGCAGAAAAGGGGGCGGGGGACUCGGCUUGUUGUGUUGCUGCCGGAGAACCAGAGACAGUCUCGCUGUGGCCGCAGCUCCUUUAGCCGCCCGACGAUGUCGUCUCACUUAGUAGAGCAACCACCGCCCUUGCACAACAACAACAACAACUGCGAGGAAGGCGAACAGCCUUUGCCCCCACCAGCCGGCCUCAACAGUUCCUGGGUGGAGCUACCCAUGAAUAGCAGCAAUGGAAAUGAUAAUGGCAAUGGGAAAAAUGGGGGGCUGGAACAUGUGCCUUCCUCAUCCUCCAUCCACAAUGGGGACAUGGAGAAGAUCCUUCUGGAUGCACAACAUGAAUCGGGACAGAGUAGUUCCAGAGGCAGUUCUCACUGUGACAGCCCUUCCCCGCAAGAAGAUGGGCAGAUUAUGUUUGAUGUGGAAAUGCACACCAGCAGGGACCAUAGCUCACAGUCAGAAGAAGAAGUUGUAGAAGGAGAGAAAGACGCUGAUGCCUUGAAGAAAAGUGUAGACUGGGUGUCAGACUGGUCCAGUAGACCUGAAAACAUUCCACCCAAGGAGUUCCACUUCAGGCACCCUAAACGUUCUGUUUCUUUAAGCAUGAGGAAAAGCGGAGCCAUGAAGAAAGGGGGCAUUUUCUCCGCAGAAUUUCUCAAGGUGUUCAUUCCGUCUCUCUUCCUCUCUCAUGUGUUGGCUUUGGGGCUAGGCAUCUAUAUUGGAAAACGACUGAGCACACCUUCUGCCAGCACCUACUGAAGGAAACAAGCCCCUGGAAAAGCGUGUGACCUGUGAAGUGAUGUAUUGUCACAGUAGUUUAUUUGAACUUGAGACCAUUGUAAGCAUGACCCAACCAGCCACCCUAUUUUUACAUAUCCAAGUUCCAGUAACUCUCAAAUCCAGUAUUUUAUUCAAAUUCUGUUGAGGCAUUUUACUAACCUCAUUCCCUUUUUGGCCUGUAAGACACUUUAGAAUUUCCUAACAGAGUUUACUGUUGUUUAGAAAUUUGCAAGGGCUUCUUUUCCGCAAAUGCCACCAGCAGAUUAUAAUUUUGUCAGAAUGCUACUGUCUGUUCCUAGGCCCACCAGACUUAGACCUGCAUCAUUUAUGGUAUAAAUUUUACUCUUGCUAGAUAACUACCAUGUCGUUCUUAAGAUGAGAUCAGGUUAGCAAAUGAUGUAAAAGCUUUGUUGUUUUGUUUUUCAAAACAAAAGCAAGCUUCCCUAAGCUUGAAUUUAUAGUUAUUAAAAAAACAAAAACAAAAACAAACAAACAAAAAAGACACAAGAAAAAAAAUAUAUCCUGGGCAAUAAAAAUUAUUUUAAACCAGCUUUGGAGCCACUUUUUGUCUCCGACCCGUAACGGCGCCUUUCAGCUUGUAGGAAGCGGGCGGUGCACGUGAUCGUUCUGAUGAAGAAGAGUGAUUACUGAAUACAUCAGCAGAUUUUAAUACUGUAUGUUGUAAUGCUGUCUUUUCUAUUGGUUAGGAUCUUUCUGACAAGGAGGUCUCAGGCCUGAAAUACAUGAAAUUGCUUUUGGGAUGUGUGUGUGUGUGUGUGUGUGUGUGUGUGUGUUUGGUAUUUUUAUGUUUAUUAACUGCAUGUGAAUUUUUCAUGACUUUCUUUAAAAAAUUUUUUAUUUCUUUUUUUGUUUGUUUGUUUUCCUAAGCAGCAGCUUUGGAAUGAGUUCCAUAAUAAAUACAGGCUUCAUGCUUUAGGAAGCAUCACUACUACUCUGAAGCCUUUAACCUCUGAAGAUAAUUGUUUCAGAGCUAUUCCAAACUCCUGUGCACUUUGAAAAACAAACUUGGGCUGUGGGAACAGUUGACAAGGUGAAGAGCUGCCAUUGGUUUUCCUCUGAUUUCUCCCUCUUUAGCGUGUGCUGUACAGUCUUAUCAAGGUGGCGCCUGUGGCUCUGUGGGCCCUGAUCCUUUUCUCGUGUAGCCAUCCUCUGUGUUCAAAAUGCCUGAAGCUCCAGAACACUCAGCAGUUUCCUUCAGCCAUAUACUUUUUUGUUUGUUUCUAAAUGUGAUGCUUUUUGACCAAAUUAUUAGAACACAUCAGGGUCCCAUUUAUUGCAAGUAGAUCUGAUUGGAUUUCAGGACACAGUGUGACUCCGAGAAAUACUAGUAUAUGUUCUAUACAUAAAUAAUUACUGUUAAUGAUACAGACAUUACUCUUGCAUAUGUAGGGAUCCUCGUUAAUUUAAACAAGCUACUUACCUAUUAAAUAAAGGGCAUCAGGUUGACUUGAAUAGAAACACUAUGAUAACCAGAUAUUCUUGUUUGCAGAAAUUUUCUUUUCAUACAAAGUUUUGUCAAACUGAUGUGUUUUAGUGGAAAAUAACGAGAGAUAAAACAAUUUGUCUUUUUUCAAAAUAUAGUUAUCUUUAGGAAAGAUUAUUCAAAAUAGUUUUCAGAGUAUUCAACUUUUUCUUUCUAGCAUUUUUUGAUGUACAAAUAAUUUUAAACUUUUUGCCCCUUUUAAACCUGAAAGCACUUGAUUUGCCUUCUGUAACCUAUUUAUUUCAAGUGUUUAUGUCUGGAUUUCUUUGGGAUGAAAAUAAAUCUGAUGACUCCCUGAUUUUAAAAAGCCUGAAUAAAAUUGGAAAGGCUGGUAAAGUUAAGAGCACUAAACAGCUUAACUGCUAAAACAUACAAUUUGUAUUGCAAUCAGUAUCAAUGGCAGGGAAAAGUAAAAUUAGACUUAAAAUAAGAGCAGCUUUUUAUAAGCAACACAUUAACCUCUUUUGAAUUCAGUAGCAGUCCUACCUAUAGUGUGAUUGAACUUGGUUAUAUUUAUUACUUUUCUUAACGUUGAAAUAAAUUUAGUUCUGCCCCUUUCUUAAUAUAUCUGUGAAAUUUUGGAAUCUCAAAACAUGAAUAGAUCACCACAGUAGAACUUACCAUAAGAUGAAAUCAUGCAGUAUUUAUUGAUAGCCCUAACAUAUGGGAUAAAUGUUUAUGUUCCUACCCAGAUUUGUAUUUUAACAAAAACAGAUUGUAUGAUUGGGAAGGCGAAUUCAGCAACUAACAGUUGACAUUUUAAGAUUAAUGUUUAAAAAGCUUUACACCUGUUUACAAUUGGGGGAUGAAUAGGCAGGUUUCUUAUGUUUGAUGGAAACUGGCUUAAGAUAUUUAUAAAUAGAAUCAAAAGCAACACUGCACAAACCUGCACAAGGAAAAAGUGCAUCAAGUUAUUUUGAUUGCAGUAAAAUAUUCACUUUUUAAACAAUGGAAAUUGAAGACUUGGCCAGUCAGUUGAACUUGUACUGAACCAGUUGUUGAAAUGAUUGGAAUUAACUGAGCCAAAGUGUUUAUGCAUUCUUCAUCUAUUUAGUUAGCACUUUGUAUCAUUAUAUACAGUUUACAAUACCUGUAUAACUUGUAGCGAUAAACAUUUUGUGCCAUUAAAGCUCUCACAAACCUU